CUUCCGUCCAGCUCAUUCCUUCUGCAUCAUCAAAGUUGACAGCAAAAUAUAGAAAGUUUUUUAAGUGCGCUGUCUUUGACCAAAAGCAGCAGCUGACCCUGCCGAUAGUUGACCUCCAGCGGUAUGACGACCCUCACAAUAAUCGCUCGGGUGGCGGACGGACUCCCGCUCGCUGCGUCCAUUCAGGAGGAUGAGCAGUCAGGAAGAGACCUGCAGCACUACCAGAGCCAAGCCAAGCAGCUGUGCCGUAAACUGAACGCUCAGAGUCCGGACCGCUGUACGCUGGAGGCCGGGGACAUGAACUUCCACUACCUAAUAGCAGAGGGUGUAUGCUACCUGUUCCUCUGUGAGGCUUCCUUCCCCAAAAAGAUGGCGUUUGCAUACCUCGAAGAGCUCCACACAGAGUUCUACGACCAGUAUGGGAAGAGAGUGACCACAGUAACCAGGCCGUACUCUUUCAUCGAGUUUGACACGUACAUCCAGAAAACAAAGAGGUCGUACGUAGACGGCCGGGCCAGGAGGAACUUCAGCAGCAUCAACACAGAGCUACAGGACGUCCAGAGGAUCAUGGUGGCAAAUAUUGAGGAAGUUCUGCAAAGAGGAGAAUGUCUUUCUGCUCUAGACACUAAAGCCAGCAACCUGACAAGCCUUUCAAAGAAGUACCGCAGUGACGCCAAAUACCUUAACACCCGCUCCACCUAUGCCAAGGUGGCCGCUGUGGCCGUGUGCGUCAUCACUCUCAUCAUCUAUGUGCGCUUCUGGUGGCUCUGAUGGACCCUCAAGCAAGGACUUUAAAAUAAGGGAGAGGGAGUUUCCUUUGGGAAUUGUAAAGGAGUACUUAAAGUAUUCCUUUAAAAGUUGAUUCUGUUACUUUACACUUAAAAGACAGGGUGCCUUAAAGGAAUCGUAUACAGUAUAUCCCUAGAAGGUAGAUAUUCUUUCUGUGUUUUAUCCAACUUUCACUCAUGUAUGGUGUACACGGAGCCAUUGGGUUUCUCUGUAUGGUAGCAAAUGCUUCAUGGUGAGUUCAUGUACCUCUGUUUACUGGAAUAUUAGGAGCAGGGUGUUUGUAAGUUAAUUUAUAAGCCGGUUGGGGGUUUUCUUCAGAGUUUGAGCAUUAUAGGUGAAUCCAUGUAUGACAGGGUUUUGUGAAGUCCCAAUACUGUGAUAAAUGAAUGUUUAUUGUUCUGAACGUUUACAUUGUAACAAAGUCUUAAUGAAAAUAUUAAAUAUUUAUCGAAGUUUC